AUGUUCGCUGCUCGCGCCGCUCGUCCUGCCCGCCUCGCUGUUCGCCGCUACGCCACCGGUCCCGGUGCUCCCCCUCCCCCCGCGGGUGGCGUCGGCGGUGCCGCCAGUGGCGAGAAGAAGCCUGACAACACGCCCCUCCUCAUCGCUGCUGGUCUCGCGGCGGCCGUCGGAGGCUACUACUUUAUCAACAAGAAGGACGACAAGUCGGACGCCGAGAAGCUCAAGUCCCAGGCCAAGGACCUCACCGGCACGGCCCAGGACGUCGCCGCCAAGAAGGUGGGCGAGAUCUCCAACCAGGUCCAGGCUGCCGUCAAGAAGUGA